UCUCUUCUGAAUAUGACCUAUUAAUAAUAUUGUUGAAUGAGAUUAAUAAAUUGCAUUAUCGCAUCUCCAGAAUGGACUAAUAAAUAGCAUUAGAUGCGACUUAUUAAUUGCAUUUAUGAUUCCUCUAUUAAAUGGCAUAAGCUCCUAAAUAGUCCUUCAACUUUCAGCCCUGGAUCAAAAUCAUCAUUUAUGUUUAACCUAGAGAAUUAAUAGUCCAUUAACUAUUUAAAACAGGUGCACAUGCAGUCCAAAUGAUUUGUAUGUCACUGAUUUAAUCAAUUGUAAUUUGAUUAACAUUGGUUUUAUUUGAAUCAAAAUGGAAAACUGAGUGAAUGAAGAAUAAUGACAAAACUAAAAGCGAACUAUGGUUCUUAUUUCUAUUUUUGGUCUAUUAUGCUUAUCGAUUUAUAUUGGACAGUCUAAUUUUCUUAACUCUUUGAAUUAUGUCAAAUCAGCAAUCUUAACAAAUACAGAUUUUUUUGUGACUUUCAUAAAUUUGAACAAAAAAGAUUAAGCCGUUCAAUUCUUUAUGUGAUGUUUUAUUAAUAAUAAAUAUAAAUAUAAUAUGCCUAUCCCGUCCAAACAAGAGAAAAUAUUUUCCCCCAUUACCUAGUAUUCAAACGUCAUACAAUAAAUUAGAAAAGCGGAAGAGAAAUCAUUUUCUCUCAUUCCCGCCAACUUUUUGCAAUUCAAUUUCUUUAUUUACACAGUUGUCCCUCAAAAUUCAUCCGAAAAAUGAGUCUCCAUCAAUCCAUUAGUCGCAUACCUAAAACCCCUAAAACCCUAAUAACCCCCUUUUGCAAAUUAUUGCCCUUUUUCCAAAUUCAUUACUAUUCAGUGAAUACCCAUGUCAGUUCUAAUGCUGAUGACCAAAAUCCAAAUCCCAAAAACCCAAAAAUUAUCCCAGAGGCAGAAAGAAUCUGCAAAAUAUUAUUGAACACCACUUGUUCGACGAAAUGUGUAGCUGAUGCUUUGGGUUCUGUUUCAGUAAAUGUGAGUCCUUUAUUAGUUGAGGAGGUUGUAAAGAAGCUCAGCAAUUCUGGGGUUUUAGCAUUGUCUUUUUUCCGUUGGGCUGAGAAACAGAAUGGUUUCGUGCAUACUUCAGAGAGUUAUCAUGGGUUGAUUGAAGCUCUAGGAAAGAUCAAACAGUUCAAAAUGGUUUGGAUUUUGGUUGAUGAGUUGAAGAAGAAAGGGUUGUUGUGUAAAGAGGCAUUUGCACUUAUUUCACGGAGAUAUGCUCGUGCUAGGAAGGUAAAAGAAGCUAUCGAGGCGUUUGAGAGGAUGGAGAAAUAUGGGUUGGUUGUUGAGCUGCAAGAUUUUAAUAGAUUGCUUGAUACAUUGAGCAAGUCUAGGAAUGUUGGGAAAGCACAAGAAGUGUUUGAUAAGUGGAAGAAUAAUGGGAAACUGAAGCCUAAUAUUAAGUCUUAUACUAUAUUGUUAGAAGGGUGGGGUGGAGAGAAGAAUUUGUUGAGGCUAAAUGAAGUUUAUCAGGAGAUGAAGGCUGAUGAUAUUGAGCCUGAUGUCGUGAGCUAUGGAAUCAUGAUCCAUGCUCGUUGCAAGGUUAAAAAGUAUGAUGAGGCGAUUGAGUUGUUACGCGAAAUGGAAAGGAAGAAGAUUAGGGUAACGCCUCACGUGUAUUGCACGUUGAUAAAUGGUUUGGGAUCGGAGAAAAGGUUGGUUGAGGCUCUUAAGUAUUUUGAGCUAUAUAAGGGUAGUGGUUUUGAUCUUGAGGUAUUCACGUUUAAUGCAAUGGUGGGAGCUUAUUGCUGGUCUAUGCGUAUGGACGAUGCAUAUAAGUUACUAGAUGAGAUGAGGAGAAGUAAGAUUGGUCCAAAUACCCGAACAUAUGAUAUCAUUCUUCACCAUCUUAUAAAGGCCAGAAGAACGAAUGAGGCUUAUUCGGUGUUCCAGAAAAUGAGCAAUGAUCCUGGCUGCGAACCGACUGUGAGUACAUACGAGAUAAUGGUGAGGAUGUUCUGCAAUGAGGACCGGACCGAUAUGGCUCUGAGGGUAUGGGAUCAAAUGAAAGCUAGGGGAGUUCUUCCGGGAAUGCAUAUGUUUUCGACAUUGAUUAACAGCUUUUGCCAUGAGAAUAGAUUGGAUGAUGCCUGCAGAUACUUUCAAGAAAUGCUUGAUAUGGGCAUGAGACCUCCACUUCCCUUGUUUGAUAAUCUAAAACGGGCACUUCUUGCAGAGGGAAAAGAGGAUACCGUUAAAGCUUUGUGGAGAAAACUUGAGAAAUUAAGGAAAAGCAACUUAGUUGGAUAGAGACAGCUUAAGACGGAACCACGGGUUCAAGCUAUAUAAACAGCUUCUUGCAGAAAUGCAGGGUAAGGCUGCAUACAAUAGACCCUUGUGGUUUGGCCCUUCCUCGGACCCCGCGCAUAGCAGAAGCUUAGUGCACCGGGUUGCCCUUUUUUUUUUUAUUUUUUUUUUUAGUAUUCUUCACAAUUGAAUUGAUUGAGUUUUUUUGGAACA